UGCAUACACAGGUGCUGGUAAUGUGGACCCCUUCACCAGCUCGGCACCUGUAGUGACGUUCUUCCCACAGCAAUCUUACGUUACUUUUGCCGCGGGCAAUAGCGCGGGUGCUGUUAAGAAGGUCACAGAGUUCAAUCAAAAAGACGACCUACCCGAAACCGGGCGCCUCAAUCCCGCCGAAUUGGCCGCAAUACCAAACAUGGUAACCAAGGCAGGAGCAGGUGUAGAUGUUUCACUGCACACGAGGGUAGUUAAGAAGCUGCUGGCAUGGCCAGAGUGUUAUAUAUUCCCUGGAGUGGAUGUGCUGCGAUUGGUAGUGCUGACUGAGGAGGGCGCUCGUAUGGUGGCUACGG